UAACAUUAAAACUUUGAAGAGAAAAAUAAAAACUUACCUGUUUUAAUUUUAAGGUCUAUCAAAUGUAUUAUAACAUCAUUGUCUUAUUUAAAUGUUAUUUAUAGAAAAGAAUUGUUAUAAAUUACUACUAUGGCGCUUUUUCCGGCAUAUUCCGAUACUGAAGGGUUAAAAGAUGGACCAAACGCUUUAGUUGAUUUACCAGUUACGGAGGCCAUGGAAGUACAGUUGCUGGCAAGUGAUUCUGAAGAAGAAAAAACAACAUCUGUAAAAAGAAGGCAUGAAUCAACUACUAAUACUAGUGAUUUGUCUUCUUGUGACUUUUAUAUUGAUUGCAAGCUGGAUCGAGGCAACCUACGUGUCUCCACACUUUACUAUCCAGGCAGGCCUCAGUAUAGUUAUGUUAAUGCACUAAGUGUUGGAGUAAAGAAAGUAUGCAAAGAUAAAGGAAGUGGAUGGCGCCGUUAUUAUUUAAAGCACUUACAAGAUGAGGCUGAUAGCACUCAGGUUGUGGAGAGGCAGACUGCAUACCGCAAGCUGCUCACUGAGUCACCACAGGACCAGAUGCUCUGGGAGGCUUACAUUGAUUUCCAGGAAAUGUGUGUAGGUGUGGACUCAGCUUUAGACACUGCCCGUGAAGCCUUAGCACAAUUGCCUAAUUCAACUCGAUUGAGAGACAGGCUGUUUGUGUUAAUGAAAGCUGCAUUGCCUCACAGACAGUACCUCGAAGGGCUUAGAGACAUGCUCGUCAAAGAGAAGUGCAUGAGUGUGCGCACGGAGGUGUGGGCGCAGCUGGUGCGCGCGUCGGGUGCGGGCGGGGAGGGCGGCGCGGGGGCGGGGGCGGGCGACGCCGCGCUCGCCGCCGCGCUGGCCGACACGCGCCACUACGCGCCCGCCUACCCGCGCCUGCUGCACGCCUUUGGUGCGUACCUGCGUGCGGCGGGGCUGUGGGAGCGGCUGGUGCUGGCGAUCGAGCUGCUGGUGGCCAUGAACUUCCCCUCGCCCUCCUUCCCCCCCGCACCUCCCGCGCCGCCCGCCGCGCUCCGCGCCGAGGAGCGCCUGCAGGAGCUGGAGGAUAAGGCGGUGCGCAGCGGGCUGCCGAGCGGCGCCGUGUGGGUGCGCGUGGAGCGCGCGCGCGCCGCGGCGCACUGGCGGCCGGCCCGCGCGCCCGCCGCCGACCCGCAGCGCGCGCCGCUGCCGCACGACGUGGCCGAACUGCUGCGCCCGCUGGCCGCGCCGCAACUCGCGCCGCGCCUGCUGCUGCUGGCCAAGGUGCCGCUGCUGCCCGGCACCGACUGGGCGCGGCGCCUGGCGGCCGAGCCGGACGCGGACGGCGGCGAGGCGCUGCUGCCGCUGCUGCUGGCGGCGCGCCGCCUGCCGCCCGCGCACCCCGCGCACCCCGCGCCCGCCGCCACCGCGCGCCUGCUGGCGCUGCUCACCGACCCGCCGCACUACUUCGGCGACGACACCGGCUACGAGAGCUGGGUGCGCGCGCUGUGGGACGCGGCGUGCGCGGCGGGCGGGGCGCGCGAGCCGCUCGCGUGCUGGCGCCUGCGCUGGCUGCACGCGCGCGCGCUGCUCUCGCCGCCGCACUCCGAGGAAGUGGUUCGAUUGCGUAGCGAAGCCCGUUCCGUGCUGAAGCGGUUCGCGCCCUCGUCUCCGCUUGCAUUCGCGGAGUUCGCGCUGCUGGAGCAGCACGCGGGGGGCGGCGCGGGGGGCGCGGGGGCGGGGGACGCGGCGGGGGGAGGCGCGGGGGCGGGGGACGCGGCGGGGGGAGGCGCGGGGGCGGGGGACGCGGCGGGGGGAGGCGGGGGGGUCGCGGUGGCGGGCGAGGCGGCCGCUUCGCACGCGCUGCGCGCCGCCAUCGCGGACGCCGACCGCCCCACCGAACACGCCAUCUAUGUCGCUAGCGCGGUGCGCGAGGUGUGCGGCGAGCGCGCGGGAGAGUGCGCGCUGGUGCACGCCGUGCUGCGCCGCGCGCCGCCCGCCUGCGAGGAGCGCUGUGAAGCACUGGAACGGUCGUUCGCGUCGCGCGGGGCGGAGGCGGGGGCGGGCGCGGGGGGCGCGGGGGGCGAGGCGGGCGGCGACCUGUGCGGCGCGCUGGCGCCGGGCGCCGAGCAGUGGGCGCGCGCCCGCGCCGCGCUGUGCUCGCCCGAGCGCGCCGCGCAGCUGCUGCGCGACCUGCCGGCCUGCGCCGCGCACGUGCACGGCUCGGACGGCGCGGCGCUGCGCUUCUACGAGGAGAGCGCGAGCGCGCUGGUGGAGCGGGCGGCGCCCGCCGCACCCGCCGCGCGCGCCGCGCUCGCCGACCUCGCCGACCUGUUCCCUGACAACGCCUAUCUCGCGCUCGCGUGCGGCGGCGAGGCGGCGUGGCGGCGGGCGGCGUGGCGGCGGGCGGCGUGGCGGUGGGCGCGCGCGCCGCGGCCCGCCCGCUCGGCGCGCGCCGCGCUGGCGCGCCUGCUGCCCGCGCUGCUGCGCGCGGCGCGCUCCGACUUCGCGCCGCCGGACGCGGAGCGCGCGGUGCGGGCGGCGCGGCGCGCGUGCGGGCCCGGCUGCGGCGCGCUGCUGUGGGCCGCGCGGCUCGAGGCGGAGGCGCGCGCCGCCGCGCCGCGCCUGCCGCACGCGCUCUACGCCGCGCUGCAGGCCGAGCCGGCGCACAAGUGGCUGCACGUGCGCGGCGCGGCGUGGUGCGGCGGCGAGGCGGGCGCGCUGGCGGACGCGCUGCUGGAGCGCCAGCUGCGCCUGCACGCGCACCCGCUCGAGCUGCUGCCGCCCCAGUAGCCGGAUCCCACUUAUUCAUUAAAUUAAUUGCAUUGUUA